CAUGGGGGGCGGAGGUCGGGAAGAUGGCGUGGAGAGCCUGGGCUCGGAGCGGCUGGGGCUGCGGUAGCCCGGCUUGGGGGGCCGAGAGCCGAGAGCUGCGCGCCGGCCGGGCCCCCGCCCUGCUGCUGGGUCCCAGGUUUCACUUCUUUUUUCAGUCGAAAAAUGGAUUCAGGAAAGCCCCCAGAAAGAUUGAGCCUCGGCGCCCAGAUGGAGGCUUAGUCAACGAGGGCUACAGGAGAAGCGCCCUGACCCCUCCAGUGGAAGAAACUCUCUUUUAUACGUCUCCCUAUCCUCUACGGAACCUCGUGAAGCCGUUGUUUUUUACCGUCGGGUUUACAGGGUGUGCGUUUGGGUCUGCUGCGAUUUGGCAGUAUGAAUCCCUGAAAUCCAGAGUCCAGAGCUACUUUGAUGCUGUAAAGGCAGACUGGCUGGAUAGCUUGUCGCCUCAGAAGGAAGGAGAGUUCAGAAAGCAGGUUAACAAGUGGUGGAAUACCCUAUCUGAUGGCCAGCGAACUGUGACAGGAAUCAUAGCCGCCAAUGUCUUUGUUUUCUGUUUAUGGCGAGUCCCUUCCCUCCAGAGGUCAAUGAUCAAGUACUUCACGUCCAACCCUGCCUCCAAAGCCCUCUGCACCCCCAUGCUGCUCUCCACCUUCAGCCACUUCUCCUUGUUACACAUGAUGGCCAACAUGUACGUUCUGUGGAGUUUCUCCACCAGCAUCGUCAGCAUCCUUGGGAAAGAGCAGUUCAUGGCCGUCUACUUGUCUGCAGGUGUCAUCUCCACCUUCGUCAGCUACGUCAGCAAAGUGGCCACGGGGAGGUUCGGGCCUUCUCUCGGCGCGUCAGGAGCCAUCAUGACUGUCCUGGCAGCAGUUUGCACCAAGAUCCCUGAAGGGAAGCUGGCCAUCAUCUUCCUCCCCAUGUUCACCUUCACAGCAGGAAACGCCCUGAAAGCCAUAAUUGCGAUGGACACGGCCGGGAUGAUCCUGGGAUGGAAGUUUUUUGAUCACGCGGCACAUCUUGGGGGAGCCCUUUUUGGAAUAUGGUAUAUCACACAUGGCCACGAGCUGAUAUGGAAGAACCGAGAGCCCCUGGUGAAAAUCUGGCAUGAAAUGAGGACUAGUAAUCCCAAGAAGGGGGGCGGAUCCGAGUAAUCCCUUUAGAAGGGCGUCCGCCUCAGGGACCCCCGGGAGCCCGCCUGAAAGACACAGACAAGCCGCUCUUGGCGCGGCCCGAAGUCCAGGCCUGGGAGCCUGGACAUGUAACGGUAUUUCCAGAUGUUUGUCUGCGGUAGAAAGUGAGAGAAACUCGGCACAAUAAAUGUUUCUGUCUUUAGUUCGUAA